GGAUAAACGGAACCGGGGGGGGGGGGGGGUUGAACCGUGAACAGCACGCGAAUCUCAGGUUUUCAAUCUUGACCCGAAUCUUGGUGAAGCCUGCUCCUUGAUGCUUUCUACGGCGCCAAGGCGGCGCCUUUGAGGAGAUUUCCGCUUGUUAGAGCCGAGAAGAUGAACAAGGACAAGGCUCCCAUGCCGGGAGACGGCGGCUCCGGCGACGGCUUGCCGCCGCAGUCCUCGCGCCGUGCGGGGGCGCCGCCUUCGUCGUCGACCCCGCCGCCGGAGUACGACAUCAGCCGCAUGCCGGACUUCCCUACCCGAAACACGGGCCACCGGCGCGCGCACUCCGAGAUCCUGAGCCUCCCCGACGACCUCGACCUCAGCGCCCCGGGCGCCGGCGACGGGCCGUCGCUGUCGGACGAGAACGACGAGGAGCUCUUCUCCAUGUUCCUUGAUGUGGACAAGCUUAACUCGUCGUGCGGGGCGUCGUCGGAGGCCGAGGCUGAGUCGUCGUCUGCCGCGGGUGGCGGGGGCGAGGGGGCCGGGCUGGGCCACGCGCCUAGGCCAAGGCAUCAGCACAGCCAGUCCAUGGACGAGUCCAUGUCGAUCAAGGCGGAGCAGCUGGUGGGACCGCCGGGGGUGGAGGGGAUGUCGUCCGCAGAGGCUAAGAAGGCGGUGUCUGCGGCGAAGCUGGCUGAGCUUGCUCUUGUCGACCCGAAGAGGGCGAAAAGGAUUUGGGCUAACAGACAAUCUGCUGCAAGAUCAAAGGAAAGGAAGAUGCGCUAUAUUGCUGAACUUGAGCGCAAGGUGCAGACCCUGCAAACAGAAGCAACAACAUUGUCAGCUCAGCUGGCACUGCUGCAGAGAGACACCACUGGGCUAACAACUGAGAAUAGUGAGCUGAAGAUACGUCUGCAGACCAUGGAGCAGCAAGUCCACUUACAAGAUGCUUUGAACGACACUCUGAAAGCGGAGGUUCAGCGGCUGAAGGUAGCAACAGGACAGGUGGCUAACGGUGGUGGAGGGAUGAUGAUGAACUUUGGCUCCAUGCCACGCCCUUUUGGAGGCAACCAGCAGAUGUUCCACAACAACCAGGCGAUGCAAUCUAUGAUGGCGACGCACCAGCUGCAGCAGCUCCAGCUCCACUCUCAGCCUCAGCAGCAGCAGCUGCAGCCCCAGCACCAGCAGCAGCCAUUGCACCCGCUGCAGGUGCAGCAGCUCCAGCAGGCGGCGAGAGAGUUCAAGAUGAAAGGGCCGAUCGGUGCGCAGGGCCAGUGGGGUGAUGGGAAGUCAGGGAGCAGCGGCAGUUGAACUGCUGACUCUAGAACCUUGGUGUAAGUGGUGGUUAGGAGUGGAGAUCGCUUGUUUUGGGGAUAAUGCUGUGCAAGUGUAGUUAUCUAUAGGCUCAGUUCGGCUUUGGCUUCAGUUUAUGGUUUAUCUCAGUUACCUAUAGGCUCAGUUCUGCUGCAACUUCACUUUACUUAGUCGGAUGGUCACAGAUGUUUAUGUACUGGAUGGAACUUGUCCGUGGCACCUUUUUAGUUUAAGGGGUAAAAAUGAUUGGACUUUGAAGUUUCAGACGAAA